AUGCGGUCGCAUCAUCUGGCACGCAACGCGACGAAGACGACGACGACACCGAAUGUGUACAGACGACUUCACGCCGCUCAUCAUGGGUUGUUGCGCCCACAAUGCUCUGUAACAGGAGCCCUCUCUGCCGGUCGCUGUCUCCUCGACUCCUGCCAACAACAUGACGUCGUCCCCCACAUUCCACGAACCUCCAAGAGGACAUUCAUCAGCCUCUUCACGCCGAAGCCCGAACGAGUCGUGAAGCUGCCCCAUUUUGACCCGGGCUACAAUGUGCUUCUCCAGUACCGGAGGAGCGAGGUCGAACAGGAGCGCCCUCCUCCGCGGGACCAGCUGGUGACGGCGUUCAGGAAGUUGACGAAGUUCAAGGCCGACACCAAUAAACCACUGAAUCCCAACCAGGCCUUCCUCUUGAGAACGGUGUUGCAUUAUCUUAUGGUCACCAAGCCCGAGGCGGACGCUCCCGUUGACCUUAAAAUGAAGGAUCUCGAGACGGCCAUGGACGCUGCAUUGCUGCCGCCUCCUCGGGGCUCUCCCGAAUUCCAUCUUGCGCUGGCCCGGUUACUGCACGAGGAGAUCGUGCGUAGGAGGCUGAUCUUGUUGAAUCCCGACGAGCGCAAAGCACACAUGACCGCAGACGACUUUGCGAAAUACAUCAAGGCAUUGACGCAAUACGGAGGCUCCCUGGAAGCAGCAGCUCAGAUGAAAGAGUUCUGGAAACAACUAAAGGACGAAGGGAGCGCUACCAACUUCAAGGGGGCGGGGAGAAUCUUGUUUGCGGUCCUGCAGGGCCUGGCGAGCGAGGGUCGCGAAGAGGAACUAUUAAAGGUUUGGGAGGAGACGCAAGAGACGGGAGCCAAACUCAUUCCGGGCGUGCACCAAGUCUUGGUCACGUUUUAUGCGAAGCAAGACAAACUCGAGGAGGCGAAGGAGUGGUAUAACAAGCCUAUACACAAUGGCUUCUCUCCCAACGGAGAGACGUUUCUGGAAUUGGUGCGAUUAUCGCGACGGUCAAGCCAGAAGGAGAAGUGGGAUGACUGGCUUUUGUCGGUUUUUGAGGAGGUGGUCAAGGAUCCGUAUGCGAAAAAGGGGGCAGUGGACGCCUUCUUGCAAUGGUCGGUUUUAACUCUGGAUAAGGGGCCGGACGGCAUCAAGAAGUACCUCCACACCAUGGCCAGCGGCGAUUUUUACAAAAGUCACCUCAAAGGCAACUACAAGAGUGACAAGGUUACAGUUAAUGCCACCACCAUCAACCGGCUUAUGGAAGCCGCCAUGGAAAAGGGGAAUCCGUACCUGGCUGAGAGGUUUUGGCAGCUGGCCAAGGACUUUGAGGUCAAGGCUGACGUUCACACCUACCUGAACCAAAUGUCUUAUCGACUCGACGCCAACGACAUUGAAGGCGCUCAUCAGAUAUUCUCGAAACUCGCAAACGGCGCCGUCGAGAUCGAGUUCGAAGAAGACCUACCUGUAAUGAACAAGUACCUCCGCGUCUUGUGCGCGCAGCCGGAACCCGACAUCCAGCGUAUCCUCACCAUCACCUCGGCUCUCGAGCAGCGCCACGCCGUCCUGGAGCCGGAAACCAUUGUUGCGCUCUGCCUCGUCUUCCUCAACCACGACAAGAAGUUCGACGUGAUCGACACCCUCUCCCUUCACUCCGUCUCCAUCAGCCACAUCGAGCGGCAGCAGAUUUACAAGGCCUUCGUCGACUACAUCUGCUCCCCCUCAACCACGACCGACCGCGCCUGGGACGCCUACUCGCUGCUGCGGCAGUACUUCCCCGAGACCUCGAUCGACGAUCGCGUCCGGCUCAUGGAAUCCUUUUUUGAGCGCAAGAAGCCCGAGAUGGCCUGUCUCGUGUUCGGCCACAUGCGCGCCCACGACGACGACAACAUGCAUCCCACCGCCGACAUCUACGUGCGCUGUCUCGAGGGUCUGGCCAGGUGUCCGCCCGCCGAGCAGCGGCCCACCGACCCGGCAUCUUCGCUGAAGAUGGUGCACAACAUGCUCAAGAUGGACACGCGCAUCGAUAUGAGCACGAGGCUGUACAACGGGCUGAUGCUGGCGUACGCGGCGGGCGGCGACCCUUUCACGGCGCUGGAUUUCUGGGAAGAACACAUCACGCGCUCGGCGGAGGGUCCGUCGUAUAACAGCUUGGCGAUCAUGUUCUGGUGUUGCGAGCUGAUCCCGCUGGGCGAUCGGUAUGCCAGGCCGGUGUGGCAGAAGAUGUUGCGGAUGGACCUGGAGGUGCCGCAGUUCGUAUUUAACGCGUAUUGCGCGGCUAUUGCGAGGAGUAACGCCGGGUGGGGGAGGAAGAUGGACGAGGUGUUUAAGCUGAUCAAGGGGACGGAUGCGAGCUUGGGGUAUGGGGCUAGUAUGAUGACGCUCGGAACAACUUACAACGCCCUUCCCGACCCCUGGUCCAAGGAGGAGUUUGCCGCCUGGGCAAAGGAGGAGUACCCGGAGGAGUGGGCGAGAUUGGAGAGUAAGGGGCAGAAGGGAACUGAGUACUCGGGGCCGGUGUUCAACAUUACCAGGGUGUUUGAGGCUUGA